AUGGCACCCUUCCAAUAUUUCCGGCGGAAUGGGGGAAAGAUAUUACGAGGCGCUGCCUAUGCCGUCCAAUUCAUGUGCUUUGCCCAUGUGUUCAACCAGUAUAUAGCUGAAGCCACUUUUUGCAUGGGGCCAUCCAUGCUGCCAAACUUCAACAUGACGGGCGAUAUCGUUGCUGUUGAACAUAUUACGCCUCAUUUCCGAGGAUAUCGCAUGGGUGACGUGGUUGUUUGCAUAUCACCAGCCGCGCCUGGUAGAGCAGUGUUAAAACGUAUCCUUGGCUUGCCUGGUGACAAUGUGUGCGUCGAUCCAACUGCUGAAGAACGGAGAUACAUUGAUGUACCGGAAGGACACGUUUGGUUGAUGGGUGACAAUCUGAGUAACUCGACGGAUUCGCGUUACUAUGGUCCUGUUGCGAUGGGAUUAAUUCGAGGACGUGUGUUUGCUAGAGUAAGUAAAAAGAUAUAG